AAGAAGUAUUCUUUACAUAUUGAAUUUUUUUUCUCUCCUUUUUCUCCCCACACUCCUACUUCCCAUGACCUCUUUCUGCUACAUCGAUCCUUUUGGUAUUUUUGAGGAUUGUCAUUUUUCUCUUAUUUGGUCGAAGGAAAAGCGCUAUGUUAAGUCAUAAUAUAUUUGAUGCGCGCGCAAGAAAUAUAAAUUAUGAUCAUGCAGACAACAAUGACAACUACAACGUUUACUUUAGAGUCGAUUCUUUAAUAUCAACAUUUUUUGGACUAUCGUCAGCUCCUGAGGGUCCUCUGAGUAGGUCUAUGUCCGUUCGCCUACAUUAUAUAAAUCCAUUUUCUAAGGUAGUAGAUUGACAUAUGAAAUCAUGAUGGGAGGGUCUCGUUCUGCAUCUUCUGCUGGUGAGCCUGUGGUCCCUAUCCCCAAGGGUGAUCAAUUUCCUGGUGCUGGCUCUGAUCUUGACGGAGAUGAAAAGAAGAUCACGGAGAUGCAAGUCUCCACAUCUACUCGAUCCAAAGAAGAGAACAAAGAGCGCGAGCGACUCCCUCUGGACCCGUAUUACUCAUGGAUGAAUCGGGUUCUGUUUCGCAAAUCCGAAGAACAGAUUGAACUGCAGGAACUCCCGCCACUGCCAUCAAGGGAUUUGCUUUUGCGCAAGAGGAACUGGAAGAGAACUGGAAGCGGAGAGCUUCCUGAGCAACCACCUGGUGGACAUGAAGGCUCAAGCAGUAGUACGUUUGUCAAUCUUCAACCCUUGAGGAGUUCCUUUGUCUAUCGCAUCUGGUUGGACGAGCGGCGGUCUCUCUUGACAGCUACUGUAGUACAAUUCACCCAACUAGGGUGUCAAGUUUCGAUUCCAUUGUUGAUUCACUCUUUCGUUUUGAGCUUGGAAAGUUGCAGCAACCCUGACGCGGAGAAAGAGAGGCUCUUCUACCCCAUCGUGGACCUGUACGGAACGAACGAUGUGGCAUGUGGUGCGGACUCUUAUGAAGAACAUAAAUGGACUACUAGACAGAAUCUAUAGUACGAGAGAAGGAGAAGUAGGACUGUUCUUGAACAAGAACAGCAGUGAGAGUUGUACUCAAAAGAACUUGCUCCUAAGAAUGUACUAAACAAGUUACGAGAACUUCUUGUUCGAGGACCUUGGACUAAGACUAUAAUCGGUGUAUCAACGGCGCGGUUCAUCAUCACAACAUCCUCUCUAAUCCCGGUCCCUCAUUUCCGGUGGCAUUUCCGGCUUCGCCGACGUGAAUCCCAAACUGUUUGCCUACGUAUUCGCUCAGUGGGCGUGUGCGAUGGGAAGUGCGGCUCUGCAGAACAUGAACUUGCAUUUGAUGUACAACAUCGGACAACGGUUGCGUGCGAGAACGAUUCAGCUUGUAUGGAUGAAGAUCCUGACGUCUCAUGCAGCAACACUGGACCAGGGCUUGGCACUCAAUUUGAUCGCAAAUGACGCCCAAAGAUUUGUCGAAGUGGCACCGCUGUUUCAGAUGGUACGUAUUACCAGGACGCCAUUUGCUCCAUCCCAAUUUAUAUUGAUCUUAGUGGUUCUUGAACUACUUAUGGUAGAUAAAAAAGACUUGUAAAUAGCCGUAAUUCAUUUUUAUUUUGCACAUAGACAGGAGCAGGAGGACCAGGACCUUUUCAGUUUCAAUGUUCCCCGCUUCCACUCCAACUCCAGGAACUGUUUUGUCAGCCUUAAUGGUCACUUCAGGAACUCUCUUGUCUUGCUGUUGCUGAAAGUUGACCUUUUGAGACAUGUUGAUGAUGAUCCAGGUAUACACCGCUCCAGCCCUGGUCGUCCUCUGCACCUACUGUCUCUUUCUGCUUAUUGGUGUGCCGACGAUGAUUGUGGUUGGAGGGUUGUUAUUGAUGAUCGUGUACAACGUGAACAUCAGCCGAUGGCUUCAACGAGUCCGCGCAAGACGGGUUGCUUUGAUUAUGAGUGUACAUCUCUACUUAACAUCCGCACAAACUACACCAACGUAAAAAUAACCCCUUGUGGAGGUGUCCUACUCCUAUUUCUUGACAACUACAUAAGUUUAAGUUGUGAACAAUUACAAGGCCUACAAAGAACUCCUCUAAUGCCUCCGACAAAAGAAUGCGGCUGUGCAAUGAGCUUCUACAGGGCAUACGGAUCGUCAAGUACUUCGCGUGGGAAGCACCAUACGUUGCUAAAGUUCGGGAAAUGAGGAAGAAGGUGAGCAGGUUUCUCCAUCUUGUACUAGUCGAGACGAAAUAUUCAUGGUGACCUCCAUCUUGUAGUCGAGACGAAAUAAGCUUCAUGGUGGAUCAUGAAAUGGAAUUCUUGAGCCUGUUCUUGGGCUACAGAGCUUGCGGCUGCCACCCAUUACAUUUGAAGACAGAAAACAGGAUAAUGUGAUAUCUUCAUCUACUUCUGCAUUCAUCUUGACAAUCAAAUUACAACCACUAAAUUACAGGAAGUCCGUCUAGCCCGAAACGAGAUGAUUGCGCAUGGUAUGAAUAUGCUUUCCUAUGCGUUCUGGCCUCAGUGUUGUAUCGGCGUGUCGAUGGUAGUUUAUUCCUUGGCAUUCGGAAACCUUACGCCUUCAAGGGCAUUCGGCACACUGGUUUUCAUCGGUGUCCUACGGUUUCCCUUGAUUCGCAUGGGUGACUGCGUUAUGGGUAUUAUGCAGGCUCGAGUGGCAAUCAGACGACUUGAAGCGUAUUUGUUGGGAGAGGAGGGUGGACGUCGUGGUUGUUUGGCAGUGGGUAAUGAUUGUGGUUCAGAUUCGGAUAAUGCUACUUCUGGGAAAGAGGGAUUUUUUAGCAAGAAAGAGGACGACAUCCUAAUCCACUUUCACAACGCCGACAUCCGCUGGUCUACUGCCGCAAGAGAGGCCUUCCAAAAACAACAAGAAAGCCUCCUGAACGCUAAGAGUAAAGCAAGCGUAGCAGGAGGUGGACAGUCUAUAAGCAUACUCCCCAACUCCUCAUCUCCAAAAAGAGCGUUUGAUGCUGCAAGGAAGGCUCGCAGAAGCGCUGGGUCAGUCCUGUUACAACUGUUGAAUUUCAAGGACGAGAAUCUGGGAGCUUCUUCCGGCAUUGAAGUAGAAGAGGGGGCUUUUGAACGGAGGAAAGCCGAGCAGGCAGAAAAGGGGACAGAAGAUGAAGAAGUGCAGGGAACAAAGGACAUCAUCAAGUGCGAAGAAGAGAGGGAUAGUAGAAGUAGAGCCAUAGUAGAAGUAGAAACUGCCAGGGAUGAAGAGGACCCUGAUCUCGGUCUACUUUCAGCCACGCUGCAGGAGAGAGAUGCAGAAGUAGCGGAUCCAUCAUCUUCAUCACUUUUUUUGAAUGCGAUGAAAGUCCUCGACGUUUCGCCACCAUUGACAAAUGCGCCAACGUUACGAAGUCUUACGCUGACGCUGCGACGUGGGGAUUUUGGUGUGCUCUUUGGUCGCGUUGGUGCUGGAAAGAGUACUCUUCUCUACACGCUUUUAGGAGAAACGAUUGUACAGGAUGCGAGAGAACAGGCUCGAGUAGAUGAUGAUGUUGAAAAUGUUGAUGCUGAACAGACUUCUACUAGGUUUCCAUCACCACCAGAGGCACCAAUUUCUAGUGGUCUACUCUGUCGAGACCGUAGCGGAGUGACCAAUCUUUCUUCUGCAGCUUCAACAUUGAGCCCUAACUUGUCGAAAGAGACUAGUGCGCAAGCGGAAGCGUUGCCAGAACAAGUUGAUAAAGAAGUAGAAGCAGAACGUCAGCACGAACACGGUGCUCAAGAACAAGCUACAACCAAACGCAUGGCUUACUGUAGUCAGUCUCCGUGGAUUCGCAACUGCUCCAUCAAGGAGAAUAUUCUCUUUUUGCGUCCUUUCGACAAGCUAAAGUACGCUCGCGCAGUCGAUGUUGCCUGUCUAGAGGCAGACAUGAAGCAGUUUCCACACGCGGACAACACUGAGAUUGGCGAAAAAGGAGUAACUCUCUCUGGAGGGCAAAAAGCAAGGGUAGCUUUGGCGCGCGCAAUCUAUGAUGCAGAGAAUGUGGAUAUUUUCUUACUAGAUGACAUUUUUGCGGCAUUGGACGUGCAUACAGGCCAAGCUGUACGGUGUAAACUCUUCGAGAAUCUCCUUGAUGCAAAGCAACAUGCGGUGUUGCUGGCUACAAGUCAGCAUAUGAAAGCUUGGGGUGCAGCGGGUGCUGGACAAGAAGUUGUGUCCUCUACUACUUCUGACGAGGCCGCCACAGGAACAAUGAAAAUACGUCGUUUCGCGAUCAGUCGCACAUCUGGGAGAUUCAAAGAGUUGAAGCCUGAAGAGAGUCCUGCAGGGAUUGCGGCCACUGGACCGGUCACCCAGAUGGAUGAUAUUAAUCUUUCCGAACAGAGGCCACUCGAAAACGCUAGCUACGCGAAUCCGCAGAAGGUAGUAGAGGAUGCAAGCACAACAUCUAGCGACAAAGUAGAGGACGUUAAUAUAUCAGAUGAUCAGGAGGUGGAUGAAAAUGAUAACGAAAUAACCACGGAGAAAAUGGGUAACAUCAAGAACGAAAACCACAUCAAAAACAACAAAGAUCCCGAUUUGAUGCAGAAGGAGGAACGCGCGACUGGCUCUUCGCUAAAACGCAAAACGAUCCAUCUGUACAUCACUUCUAUGGGAAAGAUUGGCUUUCCAGUACUGCUUUUCUGGACCAUCUGCGUUAACUGUGAGCGAGCCAGUAUUGUCGGUUAUGACGCGUGGGUCGCUGAGUGGAGCCGCUGCAACGUGGAACUGGAGUUAAGAACACUUCCCGAUCAUCUUUGUCCCGUUUCGAAAGGGAAACGCGCACGGAGAUGCUCACCGGGAUGGUGGAUUUCUGCAAGUUCUAACGGAGGACGUCGCAGAGAACAGAAGACAAACUACAGACUGUGUGCAGACUGACUCUGACUCAUUCUAUGUUGGAAUUUACCUGGGCUUUCUAGUAAGUGGCUUCUGCUUCAUGGCCACGGUGCGAUUGAUCGGGCCGUUCAUGUGCUCGCGAGCAUCAGCGACUUUGUUUGACCGCAUGUUGUGUGCCGUGGUACGGGCGCCAGCGUGGUGGUUCGACACAACACCGAUCGGGCGUCUGUUGAAUCGAUUCAGUUUCGAUGCAGAAAUCUUAGAUUCUCUGCUGUUCUCGCAGAUGUUCGCAGCAUUGGUCUCCCUCAGUUGGACAAGUGGCGCAUUGGGGCUACUAUCCUUUGUGUACUUCCCGUUCUUCUUCUUCGUACUCUUAUGGUGAAAAGAAUUACUACCCGGUUCCAUCAACGCUUACACUAGAUUACAGUAUGGCCAGAGCAGUUUAUAGCACGCAUGUUGCAUGGAGAUGGAGUAGCUUGGAGUGCAUGGAGCGCAGAUCCAUAAGGGACGCAAGAAGCGCCCUCUUUAGCUCCAUGCAACUCCAUGCGGUCCAUGACCAUGCGCUCCAUUCUAUGCGAGCUGGCAAGUCUUCUACACAAAUUGUUCUGGCCUACGCAACGUUCUCACAUCACACUCGUACAUCUCCUCCAAUUACUACAACACCUGUUUCCUUUACAACCCGUCAUCUCUCCCUGAGGACCCCUUCUAACGGCUCCCGUUUUCGUGUUUAUCUAUGCGCGUUUGUUGGGCGUAUGUCGUGGAAGUAUUCGAGAUUUGCAGCGAUUGAACGCCACCACACGGUCUCCUAUUAUCGCCUUAGUAACCGAAGCGUGUGCAGGUUUGACGACGAUUCGAUGCUUCCGUCUACGCGAGACAUACGAGAAACAAAUGUUACGGGGGCAAGUCCAAGGCCUUUCAUGAAGAACAAGAAGUUUUUAACGAAAAUUAUCGGUUUGGUGAUCAUAUUGGUUCUCCACGCCAAAAGUCAUCUGCAUUGUCAAACGUGGAAGUAGAGGAAGCAUAUGUAGAAGAGUUCUUGUUCAAGAAGUUUAUGUCCUACGGCUCGUCCUCUUCCACAUCCACUUCCACCUAUUUCAAGAACUUCUUCUCUAACCCCUGCUUCCCUAGUCGACGGUAAUUCCAGAGCGCUUUUUGCAUUUAACAGUGCCAAUCGAUGGCUUGGUGUCCGUGCUGAGUCCCUAUCCGCCUCCAUGUCCCUUAUCGCUGGCUGUCUAGCAGUCCUGCUUCGCGUGUCUGCUGGCGAACUGGGUCUCUCUCUAGUUUGGUGCAUGAAUUUGUCCUUGAGCAUGAACUACACGUGUAUGUUUUUUUCCGUUUUCGAAGCGGCGUUUACGAGUGUGGAAAGAGUUGGGGAGUACGGGAAUCUUCCUAAAGACGGUAAUCGGCAUAGCGAAUUUGAAGAGGACACUGUGUCUCUGAUGGAGCAUGGAGAUAAAGGUCGGAUCAAUGCGGGUAUGUGCAAACCGAACAAAGAGCAGAGUGUUGAUGUCGAAGAACAAGAUACUAGCUUGGAGCGUCCGAUAACAUCCCUCCCACUAGGAUCCCCCUCCUCCCCAAAGUAA